GUUUUGGCGCUACGUUGGCGCUGACAUCACGCGCCGCUCGGUCUCCGCCGCCGCCGCCGCGCGCAGAGAGAGGAGAGAGAUCAGAGCGAGGAGGAGGAAGAGGAGGAAGAGGAGGAGGCGCACGCGGCGCUCAGUCAGUCGCGCGCUGAGUGAGGAAGGAGGAGGACCGGCGGGUUUAGCUGGACGGAGGCUGGCUGCUGGAGGAGUCACAUGACCGCAGCGGAGGAGAGGCUGAGCCUGAGAGAGAGAGAGAGAGAGCGAGAGAGAGAAAGAAAGAGUGAGAGAGUGUGUGAGAGAGAGUGAGAGAAGCGCUUGGUUGAUCUCGGCUCGCUCCGCCAUUCCGUCUUUUGGGCCAUAACGCAUUUUUAUUGCAACAUUUUACUCCCGCUCGGUGAGUAGCUUCAUUUCCAAUGGCCUCUUUUUUGAUAAGCAUCAUUCUUUUUUGUCUUUUCGAUUCUUUUUUUUUUAUUUUUUCCUCCUUUCGCUGGUGUUUGAAGGGUGAGAUUUGAAGUGGUGUCGUUUUUCCAAUCCAAGUUUUCAGCAUGCAGUGAUUUUCUGAUUUUGUGAUUUUGUGAUUUUGUGAUUUCUGAGUCGGUGGUUUAAUCGGUGCUGAGUGACUCUCUGUGGGCCAAUGAUGUCAAAUGAUGAAACUGGUUUUUAAAUGGCUCUGGCAGACCCCCCCUCCCCUCUUUUUUCCCCCUCGUUUUUUGGUUUCCUGUCGUUGACUUUUGCUGUAGCUGGGCUUUGAGCGUGCUUUGCUCGGUAUUUUGCGGUUGGUGUUCAUUGAGAGUUUUGUGAUUUUCUGGUGUCGGUGCACCGUCACCGGCCGGAGCGUCUGCUGCUUUCAUUUCGCCUCUCUUUUCUUUCAAGGAGUCAUUUUUAUCAACCCCUCCCGCCGGUGAGGCUUUAAUGUCAAACUUUUCUUGCAGCUUACUGAUCUACUGAUCGCAGGUCUGUCCCUCUCUCUUUUUGUGUUUUCUUUUUCUUUUCCUUCCAUUUUUUUCGAUUUCUUAUACUUUUGCAGAGGUUGUCACAUUUUUUUUUCGGAUGGUGUCAUUUUUGCUAGAGUUGAUGCAGACAUAAGUGGAUAUGAAGUGAAUCUGUCUCUCUGGGGGUCAAAAAAACAAACAAACAAACAAAAAAACAGAGAUUGAAGCUUUUCAUUUUUGGUUUUCGUAUCAACGAAGAUGAACAGACCAGUCUCCGUUUGCAGGAGAGCCAGCAGAAGAGAAUGACUGGUAAGAGUCAGACCAGCAACGUGACCAACAAGAAUGACCCCCGCUCCCUCAACUCCAGAGUCUUCAUCGGCAACCUCAACACAGCCAUCGUCAAGAAGACCGACAUCGAGGUCAUCUUCGCCAAGUAUGGCAAGAUCGUGGGCUGCUCCGUGCACAAGGGCUACGCCUUCGUCCAGUACAUGAGCGAGCGCAACGCCCGGGCCGCCGUCGCCGGGGAAAAUGCCAGGAUCAUAGCGGGUCAACCACUGGAUAUAAACAUGGCAGGAGAACCCAAACCUUACAGGCCUAAACCCGGCUCCAAACGGCCGCUCUCAGCCGUCUACACUGGUUACGAAUUUGACUACGACUACUACCGUGAUGAUUUCUAUAAUCGGCUCUUUGACUACCACGGCCGGGUGGCCCCUCCACCACGAGCCGUCAUCCCCGUGAAGCGCUCACGGGUGGUGGUGCCAUCCACACGGAGAGGCAAAACCUCCUUCCCCAUCAAAACCUCCGCAUCUUCAUCCUCACGGCCAGCCUCCUCCUCAUCCUCCUUCUCUUCUGGCCUUAAGCCAGUGAAGACGGAUCAGCUCCAGACGAUCAAGCGGGAGCUAACGCAGAUCAAGAUGAAGAUCGACUCUCUGCUGGGCCGGCUGGAGAAGAUCGAGAAGCAGCAGAGAGCCGAGUCUGAAGCUCAGAGGAAGUAUGAGGAUAACUGUGACUCUCUGCAUGAGGAGUCUAUAUCAGAGACAGCGGAGAACUCCGGGGAGGAGGCGGGGGAGGGGGCGCUGGACACCGAGGCCGGGGAGAUGACUGACGGCGGGGAGGAUGACUACGACGAAGAGGGCAGCACUGAUCUGAUAGAGAAUCAUGUGUCUGACAUCGACAACUGAAGGCCGCGUGAAAAGGGAAAUCAGCGCUGCUUUGAACAGUCCCGGGGGGGUGAAGACGGAAGACACGGAACUGUGAAGGAGCCAAAAAAAAAAGAGAAAAGAAAAGAAAAGAAAAAAGAACUCAUGACUCCUCUUUCAGAGAGACAAUGCAGCAGCGUGAUUGGUCCCGGUGAGAGGAGAAGCAGAGCGUGUUCACGGACAAAUCUCUCACCGCCAUUCAGCAUCUGUUGCUCAACAUUUCACAGGCCUUCAUUUGAAUAACUUCAAAUAUUCAUCCAGCUGAGGUCAGAGCCCAGCGCUGCUUGUGUGGAGUGAAAAUAAAGGACUGAGAGCUGACCGUACGCUUCUUACCGUGGUUUUAAACAUACAGUACCGUUUGUUGUGACAUUAUACGAUGCAUAAUGUUUUAUGGUUUGUUUAAUGGUUUAUUUAGUCGAGUAUCGGUCCGGCCCAGGCUGCUGUUUUAUGUCCAUUAAAUGUGGAAUUGAAUGAAAGUCCUGUGUGAUGAUCUGUGUUAAUCUAUUGGCUCGCCUGCGUGAAAAAGGAAUACAGUGUUUAAGAGAAUUCAAUAAUGGCAUUAAGAGAAGAACUACGUUUCCCAGAACCCAGAUUUACUGUUCUCCUCCAGCCUGUGUGUUUUAUGUUGCAGCACACUGAGGACUGCUCCGCUCUGCAGACUGCAUUCAGACUACAGCAGCUGCUACUGAGGCUUUCCUCCAGCCCUCCAGCCCAUACUACCAUUUGUCUGUCUUCAUCACAUCUUAUCAUCUAUCUCUCUCUCUCUCUCUCUCUCUCUCCUUCUCUCUGUCUCUCUCUCAAUCUCUUUCUAUCCCAAACUCUCUCUAUCUCAAACUCUCUAUCUCCCUCCCUUACAUACAAUUACAACAACAGAACUUGAGAUUUUUACAGGAUUAAAAAUUAUAAAUAUUAUUAAUGAUUAAUAAUUAAGAAAUAAGAGUUUGGAGACUUUAUAAAUGUGUAAUAAAAAGCAAUAAAUCAGUAAUAUUAGAAAUGAGUUAAUUAAAUAAUUUAUAUUGUGUGGUUUUGUCCACACUUGUAUCUCUCCCUUUCUCUUUCUCUCUCUCUCUCUCUCUCUCUCUCGCUAUCUCUCUAUCUGUCUGUCUGUCUGUCUGUCUUCAUCAAAUCUUACCAUCUUUCUCUAUCUCAAUCUUUAUCUUACCCUCUCUUUUUCUCCCUCUCUCUCCCUCUCUCUCUGUCAGCCUCUUUCUCUCUCUCUCUCUCUCUCUAUCUAUCUAUCUAGCUAGCAAUCUCUCAUUCUCUACCUACCCGUCUGUCCAACCUAUAGUAUAUCUAUCAUUUCAACUCUGUCACUACGACUAUCUGUCCGUCCAUCUAUCUAUCUAUCUCCUAUACCUAUACCUCUUAUCUCCUGUCUAUCUAUCUAUAUCUUUCUCUCUCUCUCUCAGUCUCUCUAUCUUUAUCUCAACCUCCCUCUCUCUAUCUUUCUCUCAAUCUCUCAAUAUUUCUCUCAAUGUUCCUCUCUCUCUAACUUUCCCUCUCACACCCUCUAUCUAUCUAUCUAUCUAUCUAUCUAUCUAUCUAUCUAUCUAUCUAUCUAAGCUUUACUUCUCCACUCUUUCUCCUGCUUUUUCUCCUCUUUUUCUGGGUCUAUAGCAGUGCUGUGUCAUCAUCACUUCAGGUGCUGCGCUGUCCUCGUGCGGAAGCUUUCAGUAAUGGUGUUCACUUUAAUGUUUUAUCGUUCACGCUCCAUUAAUCUAAAGAUGUCCAAACAGUGGGUUUGUUUCCUGAGCCAACGCUGCACCUGCUCAUACAGACAAACUUCCCCCAGACUAUUCCCCAUCCAGCCCAGACCGAGCUCAGCCUGCACGUCCAGAAAUCUAGCCCAAAGACUUUCAGCGCCGUACUGCCAUACCCACCAUAUUCACCAUACCACCCAUACCCCACAUAUUCACCAUGUUCACCAUACUCACCAUAUUCACCAUACCCACCAUAUUCACCAUAUUCACCAUACCCACCAUAUUCACCAUUCCACCCAUACCCCACAUAUUCACCAUAUUCACCAUGUUCACCAUACUCACCAUAUUCACCAUACCCACCAUAUUCACCAUAUUCCCCAUAUUCACCAUACCCACCAUAUUCACCAUAUUCACCAUACCCACCAUAUUCACCAUACUCACCAUAUUCACCAUACCCCACAUAUUCACCAUAUUCACCAUGUUCACCAUACUCACCAUAUUCACCAUACCCACCAUAUUCACCAUAUUCCCCAUAUUCACCAUACCCACCAUAUUCACCAUAUUCACUCUCUCCUGCUGCUGUAGGUUCAGGAGGCAUGCCAUUUAUGAAUUAUCUGUCGUCAUGUUCGUCCUCAGUUAAAUCAGUACGUCAUGAUCUGUGACCGUUCCCAGGCUGUCUGGUAGUAUGUUUAACUACAGUAUCUGUGCCGUUCAAUUAUUGUGCAUAGCUGUGUUUUGAGGAAUCCAAGUGACAUAUACAGAGUUCAGACACACUUUUUUUUACGUGUUUGUCGCCAGGAAAACACGUUAAAAUAGACGACGAAGCGCAAUCACACCACGUUUCAGUUCUCACGGCUUUCAUGCGCUAUACAGUACAUUAUUAUCUACCUUGAUAAUGAACUAUAAGCUCUAUUUUUGUAUGGCACACUUUGAUUGAUUGGAGAGAAAAAAAAUGGCUUUAGAAAGUUCAGCUUCUUCUUCUCUUUCUUUCUUUGUUUCCUGAUGAUCUAACUAUGCCUCUGCUUCUGGCUUCUGUAUAAUGUACUCUAAUGGAGAAUGUGAGGAAACGGAUGUAAACAAGUUUAAAAAAUAAAAAUACUAAUCCUUGUGGUGAACCACAUUGAAGGUAGUUUCACAUUGUGGGGAAAGUAUGUGUUUAUUCACUCAUGAUUUUGUUUUUUUUGUUGUUUUUUUAAUCUAAUGUCUCAGAGAAUAUGAAGAUUAUAUACAGUCUAUGGUCGAACACUGGUCCCCUGAAAGGCACAAGGAUACUUUAAUUAUUGAAUUGAAUUAAAAAAAAAAAAAUCAACAUGUUGUAUAGAAAUGUAAACUAUUUGUAAAGCUAUUUUUUAUGAAACGCAUGUUUAUUAUUGGUUCAAUGUAUUUUUUGGUUUCUUUUCAGUUGUCGCAUUUGUUGUAUGGCUUUAGGCUCCAUUGCAUAGGAACAGAGCACUAUUAAAAUCAUUGUAUGUGAAGCUA